GUUGUUUUCAUAAAAAGUUACUCGCUGCUCACAAUAGCGUUUGACAAUGCUCACUUAAGUCAUUGUCAGAGCACGUGUCGAACAAUUUGGUACCUUCUCAUUGGUCAAAUCGGACCCCACACCUUCCCAGGUACCACAGGUAGAGGGUGGAAUUAUUGUUCUCGAGAGCCUCACAGUCUCGUACAAGACACAACAAAUAGUUGACUCGUGUGGUUUGGUUCCGUCCUGGCUUCAGUUACUUACUUUACAACUUUCUUUUUAGUUUUAGUUGUUAUAUGUUGAUGUGAUGUGCUCUUUGUGGGUUCGGAUUGUUCUGUGAACAGUUUUUUGUGGUUUUAAUUUAACAGUCCAAUGUUUUCAAAGUGUUUUAUGGACCAUUUCAAGAGUUGAGGAUUAAAUACCGAGCUCAUUCCUCGGAAAGGCUGACUAAAAUGAAUUUAAGCAACAGUUUUUGGCUGGUAGUGCUGGCCGUCCUCGAGUGUUGUUGGAGGACAGACUCCUCGAACGUUCCCAAAGAAGUUUUAGACCAAGUAGAAACAAAUUUUUUGUCAUUAUUCGGUUUCAAGGGCAGGCCGAAAAUAGACAAAUCGAAAAUAGUAAUACCCAAAGCGAUGCUGGAGAUGUACGAGAAGCAGAUGGGGUUUCCCCUGGACACGACGACGAUACCCAGAAAGGGGUGGCACACGAAGAGCGCGAAUACCGUUAGGAGUUUCACACAUGUCGAAAGCCCAGUGGACGCGAGGUUUUCCACUCACCACAAAUUCAGGUUAAAAUUCGACGUCUCAUCAGUGCCGCACGAAGAGAAGAUAACAGCAGCAGAGCUGACCCUCAGCCGCAAAGAAAUCAACUGGUUGACGGAUAACGACCAAGAGUUUUUCCAAAGAAUACUCGUUAGCGAUAUAACGCAACCUGGUAUAAAAGGAAAGAGACCGCCUAUAACCAGGUUAAUAGACAGUAAACUGGUCGAUAGCAGAAAAAAUGGUACGGUUAGUUUAGACGUAUUUCCCGCCGUACAAAGAUGGUUGGAGGAUCCCAAAGGCAACCACGGGAUUCUGAUUUCGGUUAAAGGUAUAGGAAGGAAUAAAACAACGCCUGGCCAUCACAUACGGUUGCGCAGAAGCUUACAUGAUACUGACAGCAGUUGGAAUCACGUGCAGCCAUUAUUACUGGCUUACACAGAUGACGGAAAGAACAGGCAGCGACGUGGUGCGGAGCUGGCUCAAGUCAAACGAAGAAGAAGAAACUCCAAGAAGCACAACAGAUCGAAAAACGAGAAAAGGUAUCCCUGCAACAAACACCAAAUGUACGUGGACUUUGAAGAGGUCGGUUGGAGCGAUUGGAUAGUGGCUCCGCCUGGGUACGAUGCGUAUUACUGUCAAGGCGAGUGCAAUUUUCCGUUAGCCUCGCACCUCAACACGACUAAUCACGCGAUCGUACAGACGUUGAUGAAUUCGGUGAAUCCCCAGAAGGUGCCGAAGUCGUGUUGCGUGCCCACUCAUCUCAAUCCCAUUUCCAUGCUGUACGUGGACGAGGAGAACAAAGUUGUUUUAAAAAACUAUAAAGAAAUGGUUGUGGUAGGGUGUGGGUGCCGGUAGUGAAAUUUUGUGGCAUGUAUUUCAGUAACCACGUCUGUGAUCUUUGAAAUUUGAGGCUAAUAGUACAGUACUUGAGUAUUACACGAUAUUGUACCUCCUGGUAUACCAAAGAAAUAUGCCGAAUGGUGGGUUUUAGUUUUAUUAUUUUGACAAGGAAGAUAUCUAUGUACAAUCAAACAUUUCAUCUACAUAUUCAGUUUUCCUAUAUACUUUCAAAUAAGCUACAAAAGAUAUUCUAAUAUCCAAGUGUACUGAUUAAUUCAUGCAUUUCAUUUACAUCGUCAAUGUCACAACAGAACUUUUAAAGAUAAACAAGUUGUCCUAGCACCAAGAAUUCAUUAAAACAAUAACAAAUCUGACCGACGUUGCUAGUUGUAUUCUAAAAGUUGUGAUUUUAAAGAUUUGGAAUAAUGUUUUACCACUUUUCAACAUUUAAACAAGUAGAAAAUUAUUGUUUCUUAUAAAAUCGAUAUCAUUGAUCGAUUUUAGUAGUUAAACAAAUAUUUUAUUUGUAUAGCACCAAGAAUAUCUGUGCAAAGUUGGUAGGUGUAGCUACUCUAAAAGUUGUAGUUUUACAGAAUUCCAAUCACGUUUUAUAACUUCUCAACAUUUAAACAAGUAGAAAGUUAUUGUUUCUUAUACAAUCGAUAUCAUGAUCGAUUUUAAAAGUAAACCAAUUAAUUUAAUUAAACAUGUCAUUUGUAUCAUCAGUUUUCCCAAAUAACUUUCAAAUAGGUACGCUAUUAAGUGUAUUCUUGCAUUCAGAUUUCACUAAAACAAUUAUAAAGUAUUGGUUUUAGAGGAAUUUCAACCAUAUUUAAUUACUUUUUAAUAAUUAGAUUAUUUUUUCACAAGUCGUAGCAAAAAAAUUCAUCAAAACAAUGAAAAAUCUGAGUGAUGUUGCCAAGUGUACUUUAAAAUUAUAGUUCUAAGGAAUUUCAGCAAUAUUUAAUUGUUUUUUAUUAUUUAAUCAAUAGGUACAUUAUUUUUCUUAUAAAAUUGAUGCUACUUAUCGAUUACACAAGAAAAUUUUAUUUAUUUAAAUAAUACAAUGUAUUAAAUACAGCUGGUUAAUAUUAUAAAUAGAGAAAGAAUAAUACAUAUUAGAGAUUUUUAAGACUACGUGAUAGAACUUUAUAGAUAUUCAAAAAUUAAUUUACUUUUUCAUUUAAUAUAGUUUUUUUGAGUAAAAUUAACAAAAAAAAUUUAAAUGUUUAAACUUUUCAAUUGUUUUUCAUAAAAAAUAUAGAAAUAAUUUCUAAUUUGGACAUAUUUUAUUCUUUAUGGGUAUCUCAAAUUUUUGUUUUAUACCUAUUAAAAAUUAAUUUUGUUUUUUAUAUUAAUAAAAGUUAUGAAUCUUCCAAAAAUUUACUCGCACGUCGACUAUGGUCGACUCGACUCGAAACCGCCGUUCGACACUUUUUUUGUGACUCGUUGGUACCACAUACCUGAGUACUGGACUAUAGGGUAAAAAAAAUGAAAACAAUUUUGUUGUCCCAGUGAAAAUACCGACUUGUACGCAAAAGAGGGUUUAACCUAAACUAUUCGGCGUACGCUGACUAUAUUCUCUUUCAUCUGUGAUUCUAAUUUUAGUUUGUUUUUGUAAGAGUUGUAUUAAUUUUUUAGAUUUACUGAUGUACAGUUAUUUUAGAAAAAUUUACGACUUAUCCACUCAGAAAGCCACUACCUUUCUUGUAUGGUUUUUUUCAUUUUUUUUUUUAAUGUCAGAG